AUGAAAUACGAAUUAGAAGACCAAGUGGUCUUAAUUACUGGUGGAUCCCAGGGUCUGGGUAAGCAGUUUGCCCAAAAAUAUUUAAAUGAAACUGUCAGGUCCAAGAUUAUUGUUGUUAGCAGGUCGGCCAACAAGUUACAAGAUGCCAUUAGAGAUAUCGGUGGAUACCCUAAGAAAUUACAAAAGCCCAGGACUUUAGAUGAACAAAACGACCGUAUCUGGUAUGCACCUUGUGAUUUAUCAGUUCCCGAUGCCGUCAAUGAAUUAUUUGAGACUUUAUUCGAAUGUAAACUAAUCCCCACACAAGUGUUAGCGUGUGCUGGUGGUGCCACGCCCAAGUUAAUUGCAGAUUGUACCGGUAGAGAAUUGGAAGUCGGCGUUCAAAAUAACUAUUUAACUGCCUUGUAUGUCUCCCAAAAAGUUUCCCAGUUGCUACCUCGUUGCCAUUUAGUGCUCUUUUCCAGUGAAGCAGCAUUCUUCCCCUUCAUUGGUUAUGGUCAAUAUGCCCCCAUGAAAGUUGCAAUUAAAUCAUUAGCCUUUAUUCUAAGACAAGAAUUACCUGAUGCAAGGGUCUCCUGUAUUUAUCCAGGAAAUUUCCUCAGUGAAGGGUACGCUGUGGAGGAAACUACUAAACCAUCCAUUACCAAGGAAAUUGAAGGUUCUUCAGCUGCUAUUACUUGUGCAGAAUGUUGCAAUAGAAUCGUUUGGUGGCUAGAGAAGGGGUAUGACGAUGUUACCUCCGAUUUCAUCGGUUGGAUUCUUAUGAGUUUAGAUAUGGGUCUCAACAAGCACAAUAACAACUCGUUCCUGUGGAUCCUACAGCUAAUCAUUGGUGUCAUUGGCAACCUAUUCAUCGUCCCCAUCUAUAUGGUGUUCCUCUCUUGGGACAUAAAAAAAUGGCAUAAAAAGCAACAAACUAAACGUGGUAAGAAAUGA